AGCGCGCACCGUGUGCCGGGCAGGGAGGGCGGCGGCGACAUCAUGAAUGAGGAACGGCUGCCGAGGGACGCCAAGACGGGUAAUUAUUUCUCCAUCAAUCCACUCUUGCAUGAAUUGCCUAGCUAUCAGACGUUGGUGAGAGGGCCAUCCACAAUCAGACGGAAAAGCAUCCUCAGCUAUCCAUCCAGGACUUCACUAAGGAGAGGAGAAUCAGUGGGAGAUGAAAAUGAACAAGUCGACAGACCAUUGCGAGAACUUCCAAUUAGUAUUCAAGAGAAGAAGAACAUCAGAGCGAAACAAGAUAUUCAAAUUUCCUCGUUUGCAACUCAGAACAUUAUAUUAAAAAAAUUGAAAUGGAGACGACUUGCUCAAGGAGCCAAGGAGAAUGUAGAUAGACUAGAUCCGUGGAGAAAAGAUAUUCAUGAUAUAGAAGGCAAAUUUGGCACUGGAAUCCAAUCUUAUUUCUCCUUCCUCAGCUUUCUGGUUUUGCUGAAUUUUGUGAUUUUCAUAUUAAUGUUUACUUUUAUUACACUUCCAAUGAUCAUUGCAGACCAUGGAUUUCUUAACACCACAAGCCCCCAUGAUACCUCUUCUGCCAUAGCUGAAGAAUGUAAAGUAUACGAAGAGUUCAAUCCUAAGCUGGUCUUAUUCUAUAGUUACAUGACCAAUCUUCUCUCAGGAACAGGAUUCCUGGAGCAGACAUAUCUUUUUUAUGGAUUUUACCGAAUAGAAGACAUGCGUUCUUGGAAUUUUCACUACAAUUUACCACUUGCAUACUUUAUUACAACGUUUGCAUACAUCCUACUGAGUCUUUUCUGGAUAGUGAAGAGGGCAGUGGAAGGUUUCAAACAAAGCUUUAUCAGAUCAGAAGACCGAUUUCAGAGUUUUUGUAAUAAGAUUUUUGCAGGUUGGGAUUUUUGUAUCAGAGAUGAGCGUGCUGCAGAGUUGAAACAUCGUAGUCUUCAGUAUGAGCUGAAGACUGAUUUGGAUGAAGAAAGAAUUAAGCAGAAGAUUGCUGAUAGGACUCAGAAGGAAAAAGUCAAGAUCUACCUCCUGAGAGCGCUCUUGAACUUGCUUGUGGUAUUGAUACUGAUAGUUUGUUUCUACAUCAUUUAUCAAACUACUGUCUACUCUCAGCAGUAUAAUAACAAAAAAACUAAUUCCGGAAGCUUCACAAUUGAUCUAACGGUUGAAUACUUGCCCUCUAUUGUGAUCACUGCAGCUAACUUUAUCACUCCACUGCUGUUUGAACGUAUAAUUAGAUUUGAAGACUAUUCACCAGCUUUUGAGAUAAAAUUCAUGCUGAUCAGGUCUGUCUUUGUGCGAUUGGCUAAUAUUAUUGUCCUCUUGGUGAGCUUAUGGUUACAAAUUACAACAUGCGGUGAUGGAGAAUGCAAGACUUGUGGAUACAACCAUAAAUUGUACCCAUGUUGGGAAACUCGAAUAGGACAAGAGAUGUACAAGUUGAUGAUAUUUGACCUGAUUAUAAUUGCUUCUGUUACGUUGUUUGUAGAGUUUCCCAGAAAAUUGUUGGUGACAUUUUGCCCUUUUCCACCAUUCACAUGGUGGGGGCAGCAACAGUUCAGUGUUCCACAGAAUGUGCUGGCAAUUGUGUAUGGGCAGACCAUCUGCUGGAUAGGAACAUUUUAUUCACCAUUGCUUCCUGGAAUAGCAACUAUCAAGUAUUUCACUAUAUUUUAUAUCAAAAAGAUUUCUUUGAUGACCAACUGCCAGCCAUCCACCAGACCUUUUCGAGCAUCGAGUUCUAACUUUUUCUUCCUAGCAGUUCUGUUAAUUGGACUUCCAUUGGCCUGCGUUCCGAUAAUCUUCAGUAUUGCAUUAAUUAAUUCAUCAAAAUCUUGUGGGCCAUUUAUUCAUUUCAAUACCACUUGGGAAAUUAUACCGCACACUAUCAACUCCUUUCCAGACAGUCUCCGGCGGCUUCUGUAUGGAUUGGCGUCUGAAAUCUUUGCUGUGCCAUUCUUCAUCUUUGUGUGCCUCAUCCUGUUUUAUCUCGUGGCUUUGGCUGCAGCACACAAACGCGUGGUCAUGCAACUGCGGGACCAACUGGCUAUGCAAGGUCGUGACAAGCAAUAUCUGAUCAGAAAACUGACAAGGGAAUCAUUCAUUGCAAAGAAGAGACUUGCCAUGUCUAAGCUGAGAAACUGAAAUAGGUUUUAAUCACAUUUCAAGUGCACACGGGUGCUGCUGUGAGACAUAACUAACAUUUGGAAAUUGUUCUGUAAUGGAUGAUUUUUCUGAAACCUUUUCUUGACAAUUUUGUUGCUGAUAAAGUUAUCAGUAUUUCAAAAAUGUUCUUGGGGCAUUUUUCUUCCUAAUACUUAAAAUUGUACCUUUGCCAUAUUAAAAUCCAUAUUUGCUGAAAAUCUCUGGGUAACUGUAUGUAUUGAUUUAUUGUGUACUCAUUUGUAAAACAUAGCAUUUGUUUAUCAUUUAUUUCCCUCUGUACUUCCUAUAGAGGGUUGCAUAGACUACUAGAAAAUAGUGUUAUUUAUUUAUGUGCGUUUUCUUUAACAAUUUAACACUGUGAAGCAAUCAGUACUGUUCAAAUAUUACAUACACUACAAACACCACCCAUACACUUCAUUACCUUGUUUCAAAAACAUUUCUGAUAGAUCAAUUGAUAAAGGAGAUAAUUUUUGUGUUGAGGAUUUUACAAUUUCUGAAAUAUGGCUUGAGACUGCUCCACAAGGAAAAUCUAGUUUCCUCAGAAACAAAUGUGGACUACAGUCACCUGCUCUGAUUGUCGGUAGCUUCUAUUGCACUGAUUUGCGUCUCCAUUCCUUUAUAUAAUCACCAUCUAAAGCUGCUGUUUAGUGAGCGGAGCUGAUAUGAUUUGGUCAACAGUUGUGACUGGAACGCUUCACUCAAACAGCCUUAGAUUUCUAAAAUUCCACUUCAUGGUUUUAAUUUCUAUGGUGGUUUACCCAAUUAUCUGCUGGAACUUAACACAUAAAGCCUGUUUUGCAAAUGAGAUGUUUGGUUGAGGUUACCUUUGUUGUUGUUUCAUGGCUAUAAAAUGUAGAAUAUCAAUGUAAUUACAAAAUAUACAGUCAUAUGCUUGUGUAUUGUUGUGUCCUGCAGUUCCUGCAAAGGGUUAACCUUUUAGCACAUGCCCUCACCUGCUGGUUAAUAAUGUCUAUUAUUAAAUUAUUUUUUCUUUAUCUCUCAGAAAUCAUUACCAUGGGAGAUUUGAUGGUGAAACAUUGGGAUGGAUCUUGCUAGUAAGAUUGGUAAUAAACCCCACCCACCAGUAUUAGUGUACUGUACACUACAGUAUAUUACACCAGUAUUAUACUGUACACUACAGUACAGUUCGGCAAAUCCAGGGAGACAUCCAGGGUGAAUUUGCACCUCUCCAUCAUAAACUUUGGACAAUUGACAGCUCAUUCUCGCUUUUCGCAUUAUGUGUUAAACCUGCCACAGAUCUGAUAGAGCUUGUUCAAACCGUGCCAAUAAUCCUCUCUAAUUCAUAUACCAUCAGAUUAAAGGCUUCAUGUUAUUCUGAUAUGUCAUUACAUGUUAAAAUACUUAACCCAAUUUCUAGAGAAAGAUUUUCUGUACUGUCAUGAAAAUGAGUAGUUGAAAACUGGGGAGCCUGUGAGUUACGCAAUGUUUGCUAUUUCUAUUCCAUAGUUGGGAUGUUGGUCUCACUAUUCCAAGUCCCAGCUGUACUAAUGUAAUCACCAUGCUGGUGUAAACUGUACCAAUCGAGUUAUGGGGCAGAAAUGCAAUGAGACAAAGGAUGCAAGGUCCUACCCAUUGACAUAAGCUGUAAGAAUCCUCCUGAUAAUAAUCAACCUCAUUUCAAAAACACACUUCCUUCAGACUUCAAGACAAAUUGAAAGAAAAAUCAAGAGAAAGGAAAAUACUUGUUAUUGUGAUAUUGUUGAGCAGAUUGAGACCACCGCUGUCCAAUCAGCAGAAUUCCUAUCCACUGCAAUGAGUAAAACUGGAAGUGAUACAAGUCGACAUUCACAAAACAAUUGUACUUCAUUGCUGUAAAAGAACACAGUACUAACAUGGUCAAUAUUUGAUGUGGCCCAGGGAAUACUAUCAUAAACCGAGGCUGUGCUGUAAAUCUGCAUUGAAUAUGUUGUGAUUCUGCCAUCCCCAGAGGAUUACAAUUAGAUGACUGCCCAUAAUAGAGGCUUUUCUGCAGGAAUUUCCCAACAGUAUCCAGCUGCUGCAUGGGCUAGAUUAGGUGUGUUGUGUGAGAACAUAUUGCAAUAGAAUGGAUAACUUGGCUCACAAGUUAGUGUUGUAAUCACUACAUUUUUAUACUAAAUCUAGAGUAAACAUUUUAAUUAAUAUGAUAUAUUUCUUUAAAGAUGAAAGUAUUACGUACAUGUUUUCUUGUAGGUUUUUUAAAAAUGAAAACUUGAUUAUGUAUUGAAUAUUAUUUACUUACAAUAUUAGAUUUACUCCAGAAAACUGAAUUUAUGUUUUCUUUAAUAAACUAUCAUUCU